GUUCAACAGCAGCCACUUCAGGCUCAGCAGCAAGCCUCUCAAAAUCAACCACAACAGAAUCAACAAUUACCAGCUCAAUCACAAGUCGAAUCAAAUCAAAGAAACGACAUGCAACCUAAAUUGUUUAACGCCUAUGUAUAUGAUUUUUUAAAACGUAGCGGGGCGAGAGAGACAGCUCGUGUUUAUCUAAAAGAAGCAGACAUUCAAGGUUUCAUAAAAAACGACAAUACAAAUUUAAUAAAUGGAGGAGGAAAUUCAGGUUCAGAUAAUGAUGCAGACUUACCCAAUGUAGAAGUGCCUAUCAAAGCACCUGAAGGCUUUUUAUAUGAAUGGUGGACGGUGUUUUGGGAUAUUUAUAGUGCAAAAUUGAAUCGUCCGGGAAGCGAGAACGCGCGUCGUUAUAUAGAACAGCAGCAGCAAAGGAACAGAAUACCGCGUCGAGUGCACGAACCGCUAGGUCAGUUACCAAUGCUUGGUGGAUAUUCGCAUAUGGUUGGACAAAAUGCUCCACAUCCACAGGUAGCACAUCAUCAGCAAGGACAGUUGGUUCGUCAGCCUAUGCAAAAUGGCACACUACAGCUUAACGUAGAUGCCAACCCAAACGGGGAUGGUAUUAUGAUGAGUCCCCAACAACGGGUUAAUCCAGCCAACUUGAUGAAGAUCAAUAAUGUAUCCAACCCCUUAUUGCGUGGAGGAAGGAUGCCACCUGGUACCAUUGUGAAUACAAUAAAUGGCCGAACGAUGUUAUUACAACAACAACCAGGGCAACAUGCAAUAAGUCAGAAUGUAGCGGCAGCACAGGCUGCCCAAGUUCAAAACUCCCAGCAGCAGGUCCAAGCCUCUGCCAAUUCCGUAAUGAUGCGUGAUACUCAGCAACCAACAGUGGUGGGCAACGUUCAACAUUUGGCCCAGCAAGGUCAACAACAGGUCAGUUCAUCAUUAAAACGAAAUAACGUUAACGUUGAGGGUGCCACGCAAUUCACGACGACGCAACAAAGACAACAGCCGAACCAGCAACAAUUGGCUGUUGGUCAAAAUAUGACGCAAAACAAUUUGGUGUUAACUACGCAAUUGACCCCGAAUGAUAUGCAAGACACGAAUCUUAUUAAUCAAAUUACAAAUCUUAAUGCACCGCAUGAUGCAAAUGCGAAGAUUCAGACCAACGUUCUUGGAGGACAAAUUAUCAAUAUGAACAUGGUUCGUCCGCCGGGCGUUAAUAUUAAUUACGGUAGCAUGGUCGGAUCAGUUCCAUACGCAACAGCAAACGUAUUGUUACAAAAUCGACCGAUGAGACCUGCUGCAAUUGACAAGGUGAUGCCAAACUUACUGCUUAAUGAGCAAACUGAAAUUGAAAAAUUUAAACAGCGCGGCAUAAAUCUUCAAAAUAUUCAAAAUAUCCAAAACAUUCACCCGAUUCAUUUGGCAUCACUUCAUAAUCAACUACAACGUAAUCAAGUCGCCCAACAAAACCAGCUUCACGCCAACCAAGUCGCACAAGCACAAGCUCAACAGGUUGCCGCCAAUAAUCAACAUGCAGCACAACAGAAAGCAAGAAAUGACAAUAACAAGGGGGCUAAGAAUAACGCAAAAACGACACCAACCCAACAGCAAGCACAGCCACCCAACAUAGGAACACAAAUGAGCAAUGCCCAAGUACUUCAGAACCAACAGAAUGCAAACACAUCGGGAAUUAUGGGAUCGACGGAUAAUACUCUGAACGUGGAGUUAGAUGAGGUCGUUAGCUUUGCCAAUAAUCUCGAUCUUCAAAUCGAUGACCUAGGUGUCAAUUUUGAUAGCUCUGCAUUUGGCACGGGUAAUCCCGAUUGUGAUCUUGACCAGUAUAUCAAUUGUGACAUGUUCAAUGAUCUUGGUACAGGUGGUCCAAGUUCAUCAAGCAACGGCAGCUAA